AUGCGCCACCCAACCCUCCUAACCCACAGCCUUCUCCUCCUCUCCCUCGCCCUCCCCCAAACCCACGCAAAAACCUACACCAAAUCAAAAGACGCAGUCCUCCUCUCCAAAAUCCGCACCCUGACCCUAAGCGCCAGCAAAUCCACCUCCCACCGCCGCACAGCCGCAAUCCCGCAGUUAACCUGCGUAGGCGGCAACGCCCGCGGCCGGUACGAUGUGGACGUGAUGCGCUGCACGAAUUCCGGCUCCGAGUACGACGCCGAGGAUAUCCAGUGGACGUGUAAGGCGAGUUUGCCGCCGGAGUUCAAGUUGGGGGGUACGGAGGUGGUUUGUGAGGGGUACGAUUCGCCCGAGGAUCCGUUUGUGUUGAAGGGGAGUUGUGGGGUUGAGUAUCGGUUGGUUUUGACGGAGGUGGGGGAGGAGAAGUUUGGGACUGGAGGGUGGAGGGGGUUUGAAGGGGGAAAGGUGGGGGGUUUGUUGGGGCUGUUGUGGUCGGGAUUGUUUUGGGGCGUGUUUAUCGGUAUGUGCUGA